GAUGCACAGCCCGGUCACCCAGUGGGACCUGGUGUGUGAAGAUAGCUGGAAGGUUCCGCUGGAGCAGACGUGCCACUUCCUGGGCGGGCUGCUAGGCUGUGUCCUUCUGGGUGCAGGGUGUGACAGGUUUGGCCGCCGGGCUGUUUUUGUGGUCUCCCUGGUGCUGGCCACAGUCCUAGGGGCCAGUGAAGCCCUGGCUGCCGGUUUCCAGACCCUCCUGGCCCUGAGGUUUCUCCGGGGCACCUUGGCAGGGGCCUUCCUUGCCCUUUAUGUAGCUCGCCUGGAGCUGUGUGACCCCCCACACCGCCUGGCCUUCUCCAUGGGAGCUGGCCUCUUCUCAGUGGUGGGCCCCCUGCUGCUGCCUGGGCUGGCCAUGCUGGUGCAGGACUGGCGCCUUCUGCAGGGCCUGAACGCCCUGGUGACUGGAUUCUUGCUGCUCUUUUGGGGGUUCCCAGCUCUGUUCCCUGAGUCUCCCUGCUGGCUUCUGGCCGCGGGGCAGGUGACCCAAGCAGGCAGGAUUCUGUGGCACUUUGCAGAAGCCAGCGGCCUGGACCCUGAUGACAGCUCCUCAGAGGAGAACUCCCUGGCUACAGAGCUAGCCGCGCUGUCUGCAGGCAACCCGCAGCCCCAGGACCACUCCAUCCUGGGCCUCCUGCACACCCGUGUCACCUGGAGGAACGGGCUCAUCCUGGGAUUUAGUUCGCUGAUCGGUGGGGGCAUCAGGGCCGGCUUCCUCCGCCGCCUGGCCCCAGGCGAGCCCGCCUUCUACCUGCCCUGUUUCCUGGAAGCUGGCCUGGAGGCUGCAGCCACCCUCCUGCUGUUCCUGACGGCAGAUCGCUGUGGACGUCGCCCUGUCCUGCUGCUGGGCACCGUGGCUGCACGCCUGGCAUCCCUGCUACUCCUCGCUGGGGCUCAGUACCUGCCAGGCUGGACCACACUGUCCCUUUCUGUCCUGGGGCUCCUGGCCUCCCAGGCUGUGUUGGUGCUCAGUGUUCUCUUUGCAGCUGAGGCCUUCCCCACCGUGAUCAGGUGAGUGCAGAGCUGGCCAGCAACGGGGGCCGGGUUCCUGGGCCGGGCUGCUGCCCCGCUCACUGACAUCCGUGGCCGGCACAGCUUCUUCCUACAAGACGUGGUCUUCACCUCCCUGGCCAUCCUCAUCCUGCUCUGUGUCCUGCUGCUGCCCGAGACCCAUGGCCGGGAGCUGCCCCAGUCACUGGAAGAUGCUGACCACCUACACGGCUCCCCGCUCCUGCGUGGGUGUCCACCUCAGGACCACCUGCCUCUGCUGCUGCCCUCCCACUCGGGAUGAGCAGCCACACCGCCCAGCCCCACUACUGUUGCUGGGGGGCCCCUGUGAGCCAGGACAAGGGCCACAGCUGAACACCCCCAAGGGCUGACCAGAGCUGCCACAGCGAGGCAGACACAUCCCACCAAGACCGCCAGUCAGUGUGGGCAGGGAGGCGGUGGACACAGCAGGAAGGGGUCCUGGACGGGCCCCUGGGUCUGGGGGGCUGGCUUCCAUCUCUUCCGUGGCCAUGCCACCAGAUGGGCAGGACAGAGGCAGCUAUGGA